AUGAAACGGGUCGCAGAAAAUCAACUGACGGAGCAGGAGCGCACCGAAGAAACCAGCCAGGAGUGGCUGAAAAACGCAAAGUUUCAAGAGGUUCUCGGAGCUGAUUCUUCUCAUAAAUCUCUCUUCCUCCUUCUCUCCCAAUCGGACGGCUCUCAAGGGAUUCUUCUCGCCAACAAAUCACCGUUUUCCGAAGACAAAACAGAUAUCGAAAAGCUUCUGGAAACAGCAAAACUUCACGAAAUCUCUCGAAACGAUAUUUUCGGAUCAUAUAACAUUGAAGUUGAUGGUCAACUUAACUUGCUCAAAUCCCAACUAAUCUACCCUGUCAACGAGCGUCUCAUCGCCAAGUAUCGUCAGGAAGAGAAGUUUGUGAUUCGUGAGACUCCAGAGCUUUAUGAGACUGUAACCAAGCCGUAUAUCGAGAAAUUCCAGUUGAAUCUCAAUUGGGUCUACAAUUGCCUUGAAAAGCGCUCCGAAGUCGACAAAAUCGUGUUCGAAGACCCUGACAAGAACAAUGGAUUUCUGCUGAUGCAGGAUAUCAAAUGGGACGGAAAAACGAUUGAAAACCUCUAUGUCCUUGCAAUUAUUCAUCGACACGGGUUGAAAUCAGUGCGCGAUUUGACUGGAGAUGAUUUGCCGAUGCUCCACAACAUUCGUGACAAGUCCCUUAAAGCGAUCGAAGAGAAGUAUGGACUGAAAAAUGACCAAGUCAAGUGCUACUUCCAUUAUCAGCCGUCGUUUUAUCAUUUGCAUGUUCACUUUAUCAACCUGAAAUAUGACGCGCCAGCGAGCACUACAAUGUCGGCAAUCCUUCUGGAUGACGUCAUCAACAAUUUAGAGUUGAAUUCAAACCACUACAAACAAUCCACGUUGACUUUCACUCGCAAGAACGGGGACAAGCUGAUGGAGAUGUUCCGGGAGGCAAAAGGAAAUUGA